AUGAAGACUCUCCUUCUCCAGCCCAAUUUGUUGCUGCUGGUACAAAUAAUGUGCAAGAAAGUGAGCAAACUUAAAUCCAUCUGGACACUCAAGAUUAUGAAAAUUCAGGAAGGGCUGUCUAAUGACUCAAUAAGUGAUGCUUACAUUGUUAGGAGAAGAGGACCAAACCGUGGUGCAAUUGUUCCAACAGGUGAAAGUAAAUUCCUAAACCCGGAGGUUCCACAUGAUAUAACUGCGACCUUGAAAGAAUAUUUGAAUGGCCCUUACCCGAUAUAUAAACAUGUUCCAUGUGCCACAAAAGAUGCAUUAUGGAAGAAAUUCAAUGUAAUCUUAAUGUCUCCUAUUCCAAUAAUGUCUUGUCCAAUUUAUUAUUGCUACUAUGAACAUGUGGAAAAGUUCAAGUGGUCCCCAAGAAAAAAUGAAAAAGUACGGAGAGCAUUUAAUAGAUCGUCUGUUGAUCGACUUAAGGGGAUGUUCAAUCGAGCGCGUUCACGUGCAAUGAAGUUAUGCAAUAGCUCGAAGAAUCCAAAGGAUUGGGUGUCUCAUGCUCCAGGAUAG